AAAAGAUUAAUUUCUCUAGAUGAACAUGAAUAAAAAGGAUUAAUUUCUCUAGAUGAACAUGAAUAAAAAAAGAUUAAUUUCUCUAGAUGAACAUGAAUAAAAAAAGAUCAACCAGUUUUUGUAAUCCUGAUGCACAACUGACAGUGAAUUUGCCAAAGAGAUCACAAUCCUUCCGAUCUUGUUUAAAGAAAGAACCAACCCCAGAUCAGGAAUCAAGACCGAGUUCCCGUAAAAAUAGUGGGUCUAAGGCAGUAAUGUUCAGUGAUGAAAUUGGAGAAUCUUUAGUUAUGGUGAACAAGUACGAUGUAAGAGAUCCAUUGUGUGAAGGACAAGAUAGGGUUGUUCAUUUAGAACCUGAUAUAUUUAAAGAUAAAACUAAAUCUCCGUCCCCUAGACGAGAGUUUGUGGAGAAUAUCCGACCCUUCAGUAAUCCCAGGGUGACCAAAUCUCAAAGUUUCAAUACGGGUGUGCUUCGGCCUAGAAUGAUCCGUUGCAAUCCUCCUCCAAAUUCUCCCCACGCAUCAAGUCCCUGCCUUUCUCCUACUUUAAGAAGAGCAGAUAUGGUCCCAAAUAUAACAUUAACUCUGCCCUUAGACGAUAUGCUUUCAGAUAUUGAAGAUAACGUAGAUGAGGAGUCAGAAAAUAUGGAGAGUCAAGAUGAACCGUCGAAUCUAGUUAAACUCCAAAAUUGUGACUACGUGGUAAAAACCAAAAGACAACUUGUUGCUGAAAGAAGGAUUGGAGGACUACAACUUAUUGAAUCUAUGACUGAAAGCAUUAUGCAGGAUUCCUUGGUUCAAGCAAAGAAGCUUGAGAAUAAAAAUAAAGAGUUGGAAUGCCUAGCAGACAACUAUGCAUCAAAGCACCCGGAGCAUGUAUCUAACAAACCGUCUGAGCACGGGAUGGAGUCUUAUAUUGAAGAAUCAAAUGCUGAAUCUAACAUCAAUAAGUGUGAUACAACUGCUGAAUUAUCAGUGCACAAGAAAACUGAUCAACUAGCAUCGGUAUCAUCUAGUUUACCCGUAAUGUUGGAGAAAUCAACAAAUGCUGAAAUUAACAAUAAAGACUUGACUAAGACUAAGGACAAUGAUCAUGAUGACCUUCCGUCUGCCGAUACAUUGAUUCAAUUUGAUAUUGAUCAAAAUAUGUUGUCAGGUGAAGAAAUUAGAAUCAAGCAGAAUUCAGAUUCAGAAGUUUCUAUUGAUGAUAUUAAAGUGAAAUCUAGCCGGGGUUCCCCUAUAUUUCUACCAUCUUUGCAUAGGGCUGCCCCGCCUCCUCCUAGAACUGCCCCGCCUCCUCUACCCUCUGUCUAGUAAAUUCAAAAUAAUGUUAAAUUUUAAUUUUCAUUAAAACCAAAUUAAUCAAAAUAACGCUGAUCGAAAUGUGUCCAGAAAAUGAUGAUGCAUCAGUUUUGAUGCUAUUAAAAUCGUUGAAACAUUACUUUUUAAACACAUUUAUUUACACUCUAUGUUAAUAAACUUCGUUAUUUUCGUAAAGUAAAUAUAAAAUAAAACGUUAAAUUUUGGUCAAUUCGAAAAAUUGCAAAAUUUUUGUAAAAAUGGUGUAAAAUUUCAGGUAUUGUAAACUUAAUUUAAACACUAAACAUGUAAGUAAAAUAAGUUAAUAUAUUCAUUUUUGAAUAUUGUAUAUUAAUAAUUUUUUUUCUAGAAUAUAUAUAGACCAUCCCC